AUGCCCAGAUCACGCAAGAAGGCCCCGGCAGGACGAAAGACGAGAUCCAAGAAGAGCCAGAAGCAGGACGUGCACCCCGACGACGACGGCGGCUGGUACACGAUCAAAGGCAUCGUUGACGAGCGACAGGGCAACCGCCGCCGCGUAGAGUACCUGGUGGAAUGGGACGAUAACCCAGAGACGGGCGAAAAGUAUCCCGCUAGCUGGAGCUUUGAAGUCACACCAGAGGCCCUCUCCGAGUGGGAGGCGCUCAAAGCAUUGCACGGCGAGAAGGAAGCAGAGGAAAGGAUCCUGCUAGAAAAGGAGAAGCCUCUUGAGUCUGAGGACGAGGGCGAGAGUCUACCGGCACCGCAGCAGGAGAACCCUCUGCCAUCGGCGGAGCGGGAGAGUCCCUUGCCAUCGGCGGAGCGGGAGAGUCCUUUGCCGUCGGCGGAGCAGGAGAGCCACUCACCUCCGGCAGACCGGGAUAGCAGCCAGGACAGCCAGCCUCCCCGCCCAUCCAACUGGAGGAAGCUCGAAGCAACCCGCGCAGCGUCAUCUAGGCAAAGAUCCGUCAGCCCAGAGCCAAGCGAGAGGCCGCGCAAGAUCCGCAGAGUCGACUACAGCCUUACUCCCUCUGAGGAGCCACCUUCCAUCACUUCCCGUGCGUCGGUUGCCUCCUGCGAAACGUUCGAGAGCCCAGAAUUGGAUAUCGCGCGAGCUCAGGCUCCUACUUUCUAUGUCGAAUUAGGCCAUAAGCGCCCCUCAUUUGACCCAGCCGAGUACGAAAGCCAGAGCGUUCCCAACACCCAAGACAGCGGAGGCACUUCACAGCCAUUGGCCGACUUGGAAGCUGAAGACGAAAGGCACGCCAUCAACUCUCAACUUACCGUGCGAACGACUGUACCUGACUCGCAGGAUCCCUCUGGCGAGAGCUCUUGGCUACAGGGAAGCAACGAGGCCGCAGCCUCGCAAGCCUUGGCGUCAACCGGGGGUGCUCUAGGACUCAACUCACAGAGUCAGUCGAUUCCGUCGGAGAUCCCGUCGCGACAGCCCGAGUCGCAAUCAUUCCCGGCCGAGAGUCAGGGGCCUUCCCCGGCCGUCUUUGAUCCCCAACCAGACGACCAGCCGAGCGAGCGACAAGAAGACUCCGCUUCAGUACCGCAUUUUGAGAGCGAGGCGGCAGUCGAGUCUCAGGCGAGUUCUGUAUUUCUUACCCAGCCACCUGCCAGAUCCUUCCCCGCUGUGGAAAGCUCUCUACAGAGUCCACGACCACUGUCAUCUGGUCACAGCGCAGUCCAACAGACACCGGCAUUCGAGGGCCGUAUCCCAGCCGACGUCCGUCGGUCAGCCACGAGCGCCGAGCCAGACUCUAAAGGGAGCGCCGAGCCCGUGUCCCAAGACGCUCAACUUGUACAUCAACCCGACUUUGGCUCAGAAGAGGAACCCUUCACCACACAUAGCAUUCAGCGGUCUGAAGCAACUUCCGACGAACCUGGUAGCCUAGCUCAAGAGCUGGUAGACUCACUAUACCAAUCUUUUGAAGGAGGCAAAGCAGUCGACACAAAGGAAAGCGACGACAUGGAAGGCGACGGCGACGGCGACGGCUCCGAGCCGCACCGCUCCGCGGCGGAAGACCUGAGUCAAUUAGUUCACCUUGACGAGGUAGUGACCCCUGAACAUCCGCCGGACAACUUGCCUCCCGCCGUUUCUGGCCCACCGCAGCCCUCAGCGGUCGACCUGCUGAACCGCAUGGUCGACGAGGCCUAUUCGACGACUCCCAGUCAACCUCCCUCUGCAACCCAUAUGCUAGACGAGCCUCAGCACCACCAACAGGCUACCAUCUCACCCGCCGACAUUUCAAGGCAUACAGAGUUGGAGGGCACAGCGCUCCCUUUUAUGCCCUCGCUCACGGCUCACGAAGCCCCGUCAUCGAAUCUAUUCGAAGGCGCAAGCUCGGAGCUACCGCCACAGAUGGGUCAGGUUCUCAGCGAGCAAGCCUCCAGUGGUUCUAGCGAGAGUGACAUGGGCCCGCAGGAUCCAAAACACAUCAUCACCCUCCCGUUUCAAGCCAGUCUGAGACCGUUGUACGAUGACACUCUACUGGAAUACAAGCGGGAGGUCACCGCGUUUGGCACAAUCUUCAACAACGAAGUCUAUGUGCCACCCAGCGAAGCUUUGGUCGGCAAGAUUGAUGAGCUCCUGGGGCGGUUAUUCGGCAUCUGCGACUAUCCACAGGACGCGGUGGGCACGGUUUUGGAAGCUUUGCCACCUGCCCAGCUCGCCAAGUUUUCAUGCGACGCGAAUGCCAAGUUCAACUUUUUGUACGAGCUCUUGCAAGGGCUGCAGAAAGAUGUCAAGAUACUGGUGGUGGCUCGCUCCGUCGAGUUACUCCGGCUUCUGCAUGCUCUGACGCAGGCCUUGGACGUCGAAUGCGUAUGCGACGCCCUGGGCAUUAUGGACAGGCACCCUGCAUCGGCAGCUACGGUCAGACUUGCGUUGUCCGACGAAGACGUCAACGGCUUUUCCUUUGACGUAGUUGUGGGAUUCGACCAUACGUUUGCGAGCUCGCCGGUGUUGAAAGGCCUGGAGGCAGAUGAGGACGAGCGCCUCAAAGGCCCCCUGGUGCUGAUCCUGGUCACGACUCACUCGAUUGAACAUAUCGACCUUCAUGUACCCUCGGACAUGGGCCCCCUAGAGCGAAAGAACGCGUUGCUGGCCGCAAUCGUUCAUGCCCGAAAAUUGAUGAGCGAUCCUGAGAGAGGCUACCCUGAGCCACACGAACUCGCGAGCCUGUUUGUUCAAUUCCUCAACGGAGAUGUGGACGGGGUUGCCUGGGAUCCUAUCCCAAUACCAGACGACAUCCUUGACAUUUACUUGAAUUCUCAGACUCGUUCGCAAAUGCCUCCGGCAGCUGCGGCAGAUGACAACGGACGCAAGCGCAAGCUUGACGAGUCCGACGAUGACGAACCGAAAAGGAUGCGCGUUCUUCCAAGCAGGGAGCCGGCAAUCAAGGAUGAUGAACUGCCUCUCCCUGAUGAAGUCCGAGACCUGCUUGCUAGUGUCGACCCCAACUCAACGGCCAUCAAAUCGACACAGGUGCAGGUCAAAGUGUCCCUGGCCGUCAUGCAGGCCCUUGCUGAGCAGCGCGCCGAGCUCGAGCGCAAGCUUGCGGCCAAGGAUGCCGAGGAAGAGUAUAAAAGCGUCAUCGAGGGACUGUCCGUGCGAGUCAAAGAACAUGAACGGACGUCCCGUAAGAUUUACAAAAACUAUCGAGAAGCCUUAGGCGACCGAACCCUGUUCGAGAAGGAGAAGCUCAAGGCCGAGGCUGCCCUGCAAGCAGCAACGGCUGCGGCUCAGAAAGAGGGCGACAAGGCUCGCGCACAGAUCGAGGAGCUAGAAGCGAACAUUGCGCGUCUGACUGCCGGGGCCUCUGGUGAGGACUCACCCUUGGCCGUGUCAGAGCGGCAACUCAAGGAAGCCCAAGGCAAGAUCCAUACGCUCGAGAAGCGCCUGGAAAAUGCACAAAACGACGCCGCGUACGCCCGAAACCUGUACCAGGACGCGUCCACGGCGGCUGCUGAGCUUAGGAACGAAAACAGCCGGCUCACGGAACAGAAUAGGGCCUUGGACGAAGCGAAGACGGCAACCCUCGAACGCGUCCAUCGGAUGCAGACCGAGCACGAGAGUAAAGAGUUUUUGGGACACAUUGGCCACCUCAAGCAGCAGCUAAGGGAUCGAGAGAGAGAGCUGGACACGCUCCGCGACGACGUGCGGCAGCUCAAGAACGGGCGAAGGGAGACUCGCCAGUCUAGCGUGCCGCGCAGUCCCCGGAUGGGCAUUAUGAGCCCGCGCACCGGUCGUGCGUAUGCCGGUCCCGCUAGCAGGGGCACCAGCCCGGCGGCCGCCGGCGUUGACGGUCCCGGCACGCAGUACAUGAGCGUGCAGCAGCAGGGCAACGGGCGAUGGGGGAAUCAUCUCCGCGACUAG